AAAAUUCCAGGAUGAGGGGCUCACGUUAUGUAAAGUGUGACUUGACUUUUGGCUAGAAUCAGAUAGUCUCAAUACUUCAGCCCUGGUGAUCUUGCGCUGACUAGAAGCCCUCAUUGUCAAAAACGUGUUUUCUCUUAUUAUAAAUAAUAGCUGUCAUUUACUAGGUGCAUUAACUUACUUAAUCCUCACAAAAUCCCUUGAGGCCAGUUUUACAGAGGGAAAAACAAAGGAUCAGAGAAGCGAGGUAACUUGUUUAAGUAAACAGCAUAGCGGGGAUUCAAAUGCUGUCCUGACUGACAUUAAGCCUGAAAUAAAAUUGCAGUCUGUUGGAAAACUUCUCCACAUGUGGCUCUAAAGGUGGGGACCAGCCGGAGAACAGGCUCUUGGUGGAAGCUCUGAGAGCUGACUCUGAGAGGAGCUGAGGACUUCCUGCACCCUGGUGGGGCCCUAGGGGGCAGAGUUGGCACUCUGGGCAUCCUUCCCAAAAGCCUUUGCAGCAUCCUAGCUUGAGGAGCAUUUCCCUGAGUGGAGUUAGGACAAGAUGCCUCAGCCCUGUUCCGUGCCUCCCUCCUCCUCACGGCCUAGUGUCACAGCAAAACUCAUCAAUGGAGGUGUGGCAGGGCUUGUUGGGGUCACCUGUGUGUUCCCCAUCGACUUGGCCAAGACUAGGCUGCAGAACCAGCAUGGAAAAGACAUCUACAAAGGAAUGAUAGACUGCCUGAUGAAAACUGCCAGGGCAGACGGCUUCUUGGGGAUGUACCGAGGAGCUGCAGUGAACUUAACCUUGGUCACUCCAGAGAAGGCCAUCAAGCUGGCUGCCAAUGACUUCUUCCGGCAGCUGCUAAUGGAGGAUGGGAUGCAGCGGAAUCUGAAGAUGGAGAUGCUAGCUGGAUGCGGAGCUGGAAUAUGCCAGGCGGUAGUUACCUGUCCCAUGGAAAUGCUCAAGAUUCAGCUGCAGGAUGCUGGACGCUUGGCAGCUCAUCGUCAGGGCUCGGCCUCAGCCCCUUCCUCCUCCAGGUCCUAUAGUACGGGUUCGGCUUCCACCCACAAGCGCCCGUCCGCCACCCUUAUCGCCUGGGAGCUACUCCGCACCCAGGGCCUGGCUGGUCUCUACAAGGGUCUGGGUGCCACUCUCCUCAGAGACAUCCCCUUCUCCAUCAUCUACUUUCCACUGUUCGCCAACCUUAACAACCUCGGGUUCAAUGAGAGCACGGGGAAGGCUUCCUUCGCGCAUUCCUUCGUGUCAGGCUGUGUUGCAGGUUCGGUAGCCGCCGUCACAGUAACACCUCUGGACGUUUUGAAAACGCGAAUCCAAACCCUCAAAAAAGGCCUGGGCGAGGACAGCUACAGCGGGAUCACUGACUGCGCCAGGAAACUCUGGAUUCAGGAGGGACCAUCUGCCCUCAUGAAGGGAGCAGGCUGCCGGGCCCUUGUCAUAGCCCCUCUCUUUGGGAUUGCCCAAGGGGUCUACUUCAUUGGUAUUGGGGAGCGGAUCUUAAAGUGUUUCGAGUAGAGAUAGCUGGAGCCCAAGUCCCCUGCCAUCUCUCUAGCCCAUUCAACUUCAGCUAGAUGGGGACGAGCAAGAUGGACCAUCCAGGUUGUAUUUUGUCCUCUAACUUGUAGUGCUACCUCAAUCUCCGAAGAAACACUCUUAUUCUAAUAAGCAAGCUAGGUACGGUCCCUUUCUCCCCUCACAUCUGCCUUCUUUUCUUUGGGGCUACAACUACCAGCAAGCUCCAGGAGCCCCUAACCACCUACUUUUCAACAAGAGAAACAGGACUUGUGUGGGUUGGAUUAACUGCAGACCCUUAACACAUAAUAAAGAUAGGAGGGUCCUUUCUACAUUUUCCUUUUCUACUUCACACUCAAACUCCAUACACUUGAGUCAGUUUGAGGAUUUAGUGUUAAUUCUGAAUUAAAUAACUUAUGGUUAGUUCUAGCACUGAUUUUGGGAAAGGGGAGGAUCAGAAGUUCAAGGGAACCAUGAAAGCCCUCAAAGUCAGCACAGAGUUGGAAACCAAGCGGAUCUUUUCAAAUCGUGAUGGCUGCAGGAUUAGGCUGACUAACCAAGCCACAGGGGCCAAGGCAGGGCAGCUGCCCCACCCUCACCCCCACCCUGGCAGGUCCUCCCUCCAGGGCACAGUUCUCCCACCCUCUCCAUGGAACAUGGUUUUAAAUAAAAUGGAUUCAGAUCUCAACUUGUCAAUAGUGGGAGAAGCAGACGGGCUGCAGUGAAUGGCUUGCCCUCUAUUGUCCCUGUCCAUUUCAGAAGUGGGCUACAUCCCAAUGAGUACUACAGCAGUCCCUCUACGGGCUCUUCAGAUGACUGCUUCCGAGGCU